UAAAAUGGAAUGGAAUUGGCAAGUGUAGAUGGAGAUCUCUUCUUGGCUGGCGUGUUUAGGUUGGAGAGCGAAUUUAGGGUUGUAGCAGCGAUGAAGGGCGAGACGCGCUCCUCCGGCUCCGAGGAGAGUGCCAAGGAGAACAAGGAGCAAAAGCAGAUCGAUUCUCAAUCCAGUGCUUCCUCGGCGCCAGCGGCGGCAGCAGCGGCGGCGGCAGCGCCCGCGUCAGCUGGAGUGGCGGCGCCGGGCGGAGCCGCUGCUGGGAACAACAAUGCGCGAGCUCGGCAGCCUUUUACGCAGCUGAGCCAGAUAGAAUCCGAUUUGGUUCUUGCGCGAACGCUCCAGGAACAAGAAAGAGCUUACAUGCUUUUGAGAAAUGGAGGGGCUUACUAUCAUGGCUACGAGGAUGACUCCGACGAGGAUGGUGAGGAGGAGAGCGAUGUUCGAGUCCAGGCUCCUGGAUUAAACGCUGACAACAGGACGACCACCAUGGAUGGCUCCCAGUACGAAAGUGAUGAGGCGUUUGCCAGGGCUUUGCAGGAGAAUGAGGAGCGCGAGCACGCGGCUCGUAUGAUGGCGCUCGCCGGAAUCCAUGACUUGGGAGACGAUGGUGAAGAAGAGGAGGAUGAGGAAGGAGAGGAAGAUGACGAAGAAGUGGAUGAGGACGAUGUGGAUGUACAUGAAGACGACGAGGAAGAUGAUGAGGAUGAAGACGAAGAUGACGAGGAAGAAGAAGAAGAAGAGGAGGAAGAGGAGGAUGGCAGUGAUGAAUCACAGGAGUGGCAAGAUGUUGAUCCAGACCAUAUGUCUUACGAGGAGCUCGUGGCGCUUGGUGAUGCUGUCGGAGUAGAAAGUCGAGGGCUCUCUUCGGAUGCCAUAGCCGAGCUUCCAGUAACAUCCUACAAGCGUGGUCAUACCGGAGGCAGCACCAGCAGUGACAGUGAGCAGUGUGUGAUUUGUCGACACGAUUACGAGGAAGACGAGAUGCUGUUGACAUUGCCUUGCAAGCACAAGUAUCACUCCGAGUGUAUCCAGCAAUGGCUUCAGAUUAACAAGACUUGCCCUGUUUGCAGUGCUGGAGUCACUGCCUCAUAAAGAAUACAAUCAGGGAAAAAAAGAAUCCAAUGUAAAGAACAUUACACACAACGUGAAAUUCGUCACGGUGUCUCAAAAAAUGGUAUGUCCUCUAAGACAAAUUAUUGUU